GUGAUGUACACCUCGUUUGAAGGGGCUACUGCUGGGAUCUGCAUACUCACGCCUCAGGUAGUAAUUUUCCACGAUCCCCUUGUUGAUUGUACUCUUCAGAUGGCUAAGCGCUAAGCUGUGAUGAGCUGUAUGCAUCAUGAUCACGGCGAAUGCCAGGUGAGAAGCAAUUCAUUACAUCAGAAUACCUGUGACGACCUCUGUAGAUUAUCGACACAAUUCCACAAGGAUAUGAUGCACUUGACGGCAUUAGGUCAUAUGCGUUUCGACACGUGUGGUCGCAUCACGAGUUACUAUGCCGUCCAAACGUUCGAGAGAGAGGACACAGGCUUAGCAUAUGGUACAAGAGCUUGGUGCUCACGGCACUCUAUUUCUGGCCAGCAUGCCAUAUGUAUAUAAGCAAAGAAGUUGUGCCAGUAUUCCAACGCCAGGUCAAACUGUUCAAGUCGAGGCAAAGCCACGAUGAUGUCCAUUGUUGCUAUCCUCCUGGUUGCCGCCGCCGCCGCUGUCCAGGCAUUUCCGUCUCUCAGCGCGCGACAGAGUAUUAUGGCUUUGACGACGUCACAGAUAGAUUCCUUCACCCCGUAUACCUAUUACGCCAGCGCAGGGUACUGCACGAAUGUACAGACACUCGCAUGGAACUGUGGCACCAAUUGUAACGCCAAUCCGGGAUUCAAACCGGUUGCCUCCGGAGGUAACGGAGACUCAGUGCAGUACUGGUUUGUUGGAUAUGACCCAACUUUGGAUACGGUGAUCGUCUCUCAUCAGGGCACGAACCCCUCGGAAAUUUUGCCUCUCAUCACUGAUGCCGACUUCUUUUUGACCUCCCUGGAUCCGACGUUGUUCCCGGGCAUCAGCUCGAACAUUGAGGUUCACAACGGCUUCAAAGACGAUCAGGCCAGUACUGCCACUGAUGUUCUUGCCGCCGUCGAAUCCGCCAUGUCCACCUACGGCACCACGUCGGUUACCUUGGUUGGUCACUCCCUUGGUGCCGCGAUCACCCUACUUGAUUCUGUAUAUCUUCCUCUCUGGCUUCCUGAGGGAACCACUUUCCAGACCAUUGGUUAUGGCCUUCCUCGUGUUGGGAACCAAGCAUUUGCUGAUUAUGUCGAUGCACACGUCCAUCUCACGCACAUCAACAAUAAAGAGGACCCAAUACCCAUCUGUCCCGGUAUGUUCAUGGGCUUUGUACACCCCGCAGGCGAGGUGCACAUUGAGGACUCUGCUGAAUGGGCUGCAUGCUCUGGACAAGACAACCCGAGCACUCAGUGCAUUGUUGGUGAUGUCCCCGAGAUCUGGGAUGGUAACGAGUCUGACCACGAUGGUCCUUAUAAUGGCAUCGAGAUGGGCUGCUGAACUGGCGCAACUUAACCUGAAGAUACCCCUUCUGCUAUGUAUACUACUUGGAGUUGUAAUUUUCUGGUGUUCGGACUUCGUUGGGUAAUUAGGG